AUGGCGACGCAAUAUCCGCCCCCGUCGAAACGCCAGAAACGGGAGCAGGCAGAGAUUGCGCGCCAACAGCAGGAUGUCGACAAUACCAUUCCCGAUGGCACUGUUCGAGUGCGCUUCGUUGACCAGGCCACCGGAGAAAGUGGCAAUCUUCCCGUCCUGACGGUGCAGCUGUCACAAGCAUCGACCAAGAACCUCGAAUUACUGCUCAACGAACUCAAAGAUCAGUCCGACGAUCAAAUACCAUAUCGCUUCUUCCCUGACGGUGCUACCGAAGCACUCGGAGACAAGGAAGAUCUAUACAAUGCCUUGGUAAAGUCAGGGAAAGCAUCGGCAGAAAGCGAGAUUGUACUGCAGUAUGCGCCGCAAGCCGUCUUCAGAGUAAAGGCUGUGUCAAGGUGUUCCGCAGCUGUCUCUGGUCAUGGCGACAAUAUCUUGGCCGUGAAUUUCUCCCCGGAAAGCUCCAGCAGGAUGGCAAGUGGCAGUGGGGACAAGACGGUUAGAAUUUGGGACUGUGAUACUGGUACACCUGUACAUACAAUGAAGGGGCACACGAGGUGGGUGUUGGCUGUGUGCUACUCGCCUGAUGGGUCGUUGUUGGCUUCCGGAGGUUACGACAACGAGGUGCGUAUAUGGGACCCCAGUACUGGAAAGCAGAUCGGCGGACCCCUCAAGGGUCAUGCCAACUUCAUCACAUCGCUAUCAUGGGAGCCAUACCAUCUACAAGAACCAGGCCGACCAAGAGUGGCUUCGUCGUCAAAAGAUGGCACAGUCAGGGUAUGGGACGCGAUAGGAGGAAAGAUCGAAUAUGCCUUGGCGGGACAUAAAAGCAGUGUGACUUGCGUAAAAUGGGGCGGUACUGGGCGCAUUUACACGGCUUCGCACGACAAGACUAUCAAGGUCUGGAAUGCUUCCACGGGAUCACUCAUCAACACACUGUCUGGCCACGCACAUUGGGUGAAUCAUCUCGCUCUUUCGACAGACUUUGUCCUCCGUACCUCCUAUCAUGACCACACUAGAAAGGUUCCUUCAACGCCCGAAGAGAAGCUUGCCAAAGCAAAGCAACGUUUCGAAAAAGCAGCUACACUCAAUGGCGAGAUUGUCGAGCGUCUAGCAACAGCAUCAGAAGACUGCACUAUCAUUCUUUGGACACCACUGAGCAGCACGAAGCCCGUUACAAGAAUGACGGGCCACCAGAAGCAGAUCAACCAAGUUACCUUCUCACCUGAUGGCCUACUUCUGGCGUCUGCGGCAUGGGACAACCAUGUUAAGCUCUGGUCCGCUCGGGAUGGUAAAUUCCUCAACACACUACGAGCGCACGUUGGACCAGUGUAUAUGACUUGCUUCUCUGCCGACAGCCGAUUGUUGGCGAGCUGCAGUAAAGACACCACGCUGAAAGUGUGGGAUAUGCGGACUGGAAAGUUGAAGGAAGAUCUGCCAGGUCACAAAGAUCAAGUGUUCGCCCUUGAUUGGAGCCCAGAUGGUGAUAGGGUCACUGUAGUGUUAGCAUAUACCCAAUGGAUAUGGUUACGUUCUCGACAAGCUCGAGUCACGAAGUUCUUCAUCAAGGUAAUUGCUACCACUUUCUGGCAACGCGGCUUCUCUGAGGCCCCCCUCUUGCAAUAUGCACCUCUGAAGGACCAAAUGGAAAUGGCAGGGCCCAAUUUAAUCGAGAGGGCUACAAGUACUGUGGUGUUUGAGAAUAGCAAUCCAUUUGUUCUACGUACCGGUACGGUACUCUGUACAGGGCCGGCCAAAAGUAACCUUGCCUGCGCCACCGGAAAGGCUGUGCCGAAGGCUAAUGCGAUUAUCCCCGCCCAUGCGCGCCAAGCUACCGAGGAUCGGCUGAGAACGCGUCAAAAGCGGAUAGCCCGACGUCAUCGCUCGAGGGGACAAGCUUCCCAGAAAGGCAGCCCUUUCAUUGCACUGCGCAACUGUCUGUGA